UUAUAUCACGGAUCGUAGCUGGAGCACCAUCUUAUCGUCUCUAGGUUAGAGCUUUUCGACUUUCGACCAUGUCGUCUUCUCUCCUCACCGCCGUCAAGCCUUUCCUUCACCCCUCUUCCUCCCGCACUUCACCUUCAUCUCUUCGCUUAGGUGGCUCUUCCCUCCACUGGAGCCUUCCUUCCUCCCGGAGGAGCGGUGCCGCGCUUGGUAUCUGCGCCGUUAAAUGGGAACCCUCGAAGGUGGCACCGCAAGCUGAUCGGGUCCUUAUUCGUCUAGAGGAGCUUCCUGAGAAAUCUGCUGGAGGUGUAUUACUUCCAAAGUCAGCUGUUAAAUUUGAACGUUAUUUAAUGGGCGAAAUAUUGUCAGUUGGUUCUGAUGUCACUGAGGUCGAAGCUGGGAAGAAGGUUCUUUUUUCGGAUAUUAAUGCAUACGAGGUGGACUUGGGAACGGAGGUCAAACAUUGUUUUUGUAAAUCUGGCGAUCUGCUAGCUGUUGUCGAAUAGAUGGAUUUCUAAAUAAUUUUGCAUGUUUUGAUAUCAUUCAGGGAGUCCAUUAGCAGUUAAAACCAAUUAUUUUGGAUACUCAUCUACUUAGACAUCGAUGCUAAUAUGCUGGAUGAUGAUUUCAUUUCUUUUUGUAUCGUGUUUUAUGGAUUGUUUUUUGAUGAUUAUUGGAAGGAGUUGGGUGACUUGAGAAAAUUAAUGAAGAUAUAUUAAAACAUAAAA